AUGUGGCCCUACCUAUCUUGCCAUUUGGUAAUCUGUUUGACACUGUCCUCCCAGGUUGUUGUGGUUGCUGCUGCUGCUGCUGUUGCUGCUGCUGUUGCUGCUGUUGGCCACCAAAGCCUGCUGGUAUACCACGCAGCGAUUGAGGGGCCACUCCUACUUGUUGCGCCCAUUGUCAGCUUAGGAACCUCGAAGAGCGGCUUUCUGGGAGAAAUGGUGUCCGAGAGAAUUGCAUCCAAGAAGCGUAUGUCAAAGGAAGGCCAUGUUUUUCCAUCAAAAACCCCAUAUCUAUGUCAGGCAAGGCCGGCGCUGAAUGUCGAGACUCGAGGCUCUGAGGACGGCGAGGGAUCUGCUGGUGGCAUCGAUGACGGCGUGGCUGGUCGCAUGCAUCGUCGCAGUAUUCCAACGGUGUUUCUCAACGGCAUAGAGUCGUAG